UUGUCAUUACUCGUUUUUAUUUGAGUUAAUUGAAAGAAUGGAUUUUCCAGAGAUCCUUCAAAAACCAGCUUCUGUUAAUUUAGAUAUUUUAAGCGUAUUAUGCGCGUUUUUUGAUGCUGAUUAUGAGAACGAAAAAUAUAUUAAACCAUCGGCGUUUAAAACCGAAAUGUUAUUAUCACUUGAAGAGAGAAUUGUAAAAUUGAGCAAAACCGUUUACAGGCCCAAACCUAUUUGUGAAUUGCAAUUGAACACGUUCACAGUUGUCCCGCACGUUAUUAUUUUCCAAAACUUCACCCCUGGAAUAAGUUAUUGUGCAACGUUAUCAUUUUUAAACAAUUGCGAAAUCUCGAAACCGCUGAAAAAUAUUAGCGAACCUUCAGGGUACUUUACAGUGACUGUUUCUUCGAGCAUGUACACAACUAAAGUUGCCCCCGGUAUGAGUCAACAUUACACUGUAAAGUUUUGUGCUGAAGAAAUGCACGACUAUUAUUAUCAAUUAACUUUUAUUACCGAAGCCGAAAGUAUUAAAAUACCAGUAAUAGCCCUGUGUCAUAGACCAGUUUUGGAUUUACCAGAUGAAGUAACUGUUCCGAAAACGGCUGUUAGGAUACCAUCUGAUCAUCACCUAUUUGUGACAAAUUUGGGUUUAGCGUCUGCUAAGAUUACUUUAAAAACCGAGCCUCCAUUUUAUGUACAACCAGAACAAUGCGCGGUAGAACCAGGGAAAAUGUUUUGCCUUAAAAUAUCAUUUAAACCGUGGACUGUCCAGCACGCGGAAAGUCUUUUAGUGAUAACAUACGAAACUGGCGAAAAAUUAGCUGUUAAAUUAGACGGCCACGUCUAUAAAAUACAAGUACACUUAGAGAAAUCUUCAAUUUACUUUGACGACACGUAUAUGACAAUGAAGAGUUACAAAACGUUUCGCCUGUACAACGACGGAGAACAAACAGUGUCAUUUAAAUGGAAAAAGAGUGAAUUUCAUGAAGAUAUUGAAGAAUCUAAGAAAAUGAAAGAAGCUUAUAAUAGCAUGAAAGUUUUUGAAUCGUAUAGGUCCACAAAAUUAGAAGAGUAUGAUGUGGUUGACAGCCAUGGACAUUCGUUAAUUUACGAAAGAAUUUACAAAGACGAAGUGGAAGAGUAUGAAGAUGAGGAGCACUUUAAUUUCUCACAUCCUAAUUUUCAAAUCAUACCUUCUGAAGGAGAAAUUUGGCCCAAAUCGUCGAUAGAGUUAACAGCACUUUUUUUUCCUGACAAGAAACAUUUGUUUAAAACUGUUGCGUUUUGUGACGUGCUGGGAUUAGACACUAGGUUGCCUCUAAUGCUUGAAGGUAAUGGACUAGGUCCUAAUAUUGUCCUCUGUGCUGAAUCGUUAAACGUCAAUCGCAUUUAUAUGCGGCGUAUCCACGAAUACGAUAUCACAUUCACUAAUCUCGGGUUUAUAAACGGCACCGUCACUUGGAUACCACAUAUUACUAAUUUUGGGGGUAGGAUUUGCUGCCAUCCUAACCGAAUUGAAUUAAAGCAUAAACAGGUUAAGAUGAUAAUAAUGCAGUUUAGUAGCGACGAGGAGGGAAAGUUUGUUGAAGAAGUUAUGUUUAAAAUUGAAGAAUCGGGAGAUAUUUUAACAGUGGCUUUAAUGGGUGAAAUAUUCUGCCCACUAUUAGACUUCAACGUAUCUUCUAUAGAAUUUGGUACAGUUUCAUUUGGCUAUCCCGUACAUCGCGAACUAAAACUCAUUAAUACUGCUAAAAUUGCUAUUGAAUAUGAAUUGGAAGUAGAAGACGACGGUUUCGAAAAGCCACUCAGUAUUUGCGAUGUGGUCGACAUGGAGUCGCCGGAGCCACCAAGGCGCCCAAAAAAUUUUAUUAUAGAACCCUCAGAGGGAAUUGUAGAUGCCACGUCGGUUGAUAAAGUAAAGAUAACUCUUAUAUCAAACAAAAGAGGUAAUUUCACCAUGAAGUUGAUCGUUAGAAUGUGGAAAAGCAAUGAUCACGUGAAAUUUUUGCUUGUAAACUAUUUGUCACAAGUCCCCGUUUUGGAGGUGGUUCCUUCAGAAGUUAAAAUUUCCUUUUGUUUUAUAAACAUUGUUUACAAAAGAACAAUUCAAUUGGAAAAUAAGUCAGAACUUUAUGGAUAUUUUUAUUUAUUACCACUUGAGAAUGAAGAUGGCAAUGUUGAGUGUACAAGUUCAAUUACACGAACCAUUAUUAAACCCAGUUCGGUAGUAACUUUGGAAUUCACAAUCAGUACCACGACCAUUGGAGAAAACAAGCUUCUUGUUUGGGCAACUUUGUUUGGUGACAAUCCCAUUGAAAUUUGUACGAUUACUUGUCUGGGUCAGGGUCCAGUUGUGGAAGUGGAGCCUGAAAACUUAAACUUCGGGAAAAUUCCCCUGUUAGAAGUAGCACAGCAAGAGUUACUUGUGAUAAACGAUUCUCCCGUGCCAACUUUUAUUUCGGCUCAAAUGCAAUCCAAAAAGUCUGUAUUCGAAGUGAAUCCUGCUGAAGUGGAAAUUUCGGCAAACUCGACCAUUAGUUUAACCAUAUCGGCCUAUUUAACGAUACCAAAGACUUACAAAGACACUUUAAGUAUAGAUAUACAAAAUGGCGAAGUUAUAACUCCGACUAUUUCUGCUACUGGGGUUGGAACCAUGAUACUUUGUCAACCGAAAAUAUGGCCCGAAUUCGAUAUAGGAACGCAUUUCACUCAUAAAAAAGUAUCACUCGAUGUGCUAUUCACAAAUAAAGGAAACAAAUCUCAUAAGAUAUUGUGGUCCCGUAACAAAUUCUUGAAAAACUUAAAAGAACUCCCGAAUAUGAUUAUACCGUCGGCGUUCCAAUUUGAACCCAAUGCCUUUGAUUUGGAUCCUCAAGAUGGAAUAGUAGCAAAACUGGAAGGAUCUUCAAAGACACCCGAUACCAUAAAUGAAGACUUUUAUUGUCAUGCCAUACUGCAAAACGAAAAGAACAAAAAGAUCAUUAUUAGUUUCAUUUUGACUGCAAAAUUUGUAGAUCCCGUGCUUGAAAUAUCGAAAAAGAACAUUGACUUUUAUAUACACGUUUCUCCUGACGGCGUUGAGAGUUCUUUACUAGAAAUAAUUGUUAUAAAGAAUUUGUCCACGUUACCCCUGGAAAUAAAUGUUACCGUUCCCCAACCUUUUUAUUUGCUUGUUAAUGACACAAAGCCGCAAUUGUCCUACAAAAUAUGUUUGGAUGAUGAAGAAACGGAUGAAGUAGUGGUCGGUUUCAAACCUGUUGUAACUGGUAGAAGGUGCUAUUUUAAAGAGGGCGAUUUAAAAUUCAAAUACGUGGAUCAUCCGUUAUUUGACAAAGUUCAUUUAAUUGGCUCCGUGGCCUAUCCAAAUAUAUCGUUGAGUACUAACAGUAUUACUUUCAAAUGUUUAUCAUCAUAUGGAAAUUUGAAACAAGAAAUACUUGUGAAAAAUGUAAGUCCCUUGCCAGUUAAUUAUUGGACGCAAUGGAAUAUUGUAGCAGAUUUAAAAAGGGAAGAGAAGAGUAAGGAGAUUUGCUUAGAGGAUACAAUCGACGAAACAAUCAGCAGGAGAAGUUCAGUUGUUUCAGAAGAAACAACCGCUAAGCAAACAAUAUCAGAAAACAAAUCGGUACAAGAAGUUGAUUCGUCGACGUUAAAUAAUUUACCAAUCGAAAGAGUGACAUUUUCUUUAGCAAAAGAAAUUUUACCACAGUAUUAUCACGUGGUUCUCAAAGAAGUCAUUUAUUUUCCCACUUGUAUCGAGGACGUCAUUGAAAUGCCACCAUUAAACGAAGAAUAUUUUGACAAAAUCCAUACGUUGUUGUAUCCGAUAGUCGCCGAUUUUCAUUCUGAUGACGUUAACAUUGAUGCUAUUCAGUAUUUACCUUUAGAAGAAGAGAAAAUAGGGGACAGACAAGAGAAUUUGAUUAAUGAAACAAUCGAUAUUGUUCCUAAUCGUGGAUUUUUGGAGCCUUACGAAAGUGCAAUCGUUACUGUUACAUUUCAUCCAAAAACUAAUAUUAACAUUUUUGCAACGGCUAAUUUUUACGUACAAGGCGGAGCAACCGAAGAACUUGCUAUCAGUGGUAGCUGUGACGUCGUUGAGUAUUGUUUUAGUACAAAAAAAAUUGAAUUUGGAAGAGUGAAAUUCUUUGAAGUGUCCGAAAGAACCAUUUGGCUAACAAACACAGGGACAAUUGAUAUUAUUUAUUACACUAACUCAGAUAAUUCACCAUCUGCCCCUCCCGUAUACAAAGUGGGGUGGUUGAAUGUCCAACCGCCUUCAGGAACCAUAGAGCCAAGUUGUUCAAUGGAAUUAACAGUGAGUUAUUAUCCUGGAAUUCCCGGAGAGUUUAAAGAAGAAAUUGUCUUCGAAAUAAAUCUGGAACCGUCUGUUAUAGUAACAUUGCACGGUUUUGGUGUUUUCCCUCAAAUAUUUUUAAACACUCCUCGGUCGAGUUUAAACUUGGUUAGUCCUAUCGUUCUUUAUUCGGCAGCGGCAUCAUUUACAAACGAAUAUUUAAAAACUGUAACGACAAUUGGAAAUAUUUACAAAUAUGUGGAGGAUAUAAAAAUAAACGACACGAUGUCCAAAGCAAUUAAAAGGAAAUUGAUUCAAGACGGAUGGUCUUUGAUAUCUUAUCAGGACCUCUAUCCAUCUGUCCUUGAUUUGGAUUUGGCUGUGGAGCGUGUAAUUCUACACGAUUAUCUCCAGUACAACCCCGCGAUUUUAUCGAAGCCCAUAAAAUCUGGAUUGUUCAAGAAUUGUCGCGUUCCCCCGUACCAGAUCGACCUGGGAUAUGUGAUACGUGAAACAAUCGUGGAUCGAACGAUAUCGAUUUUCAAUUACGGUCCUGGCCAGACCAAUGUUCGCUUAUUUCUGCCUAAAAAACGCGAGUUAGAAGAAGCUGGCAUAACAAUUCAGUUUAAAAGUGAAAGCUUGCCGGAAGGAAGAACAACGCAAUUGUAUAUAAUAUUUUCUCCAACGUUAAAAUACUUUCCAGUUCCAAAUUAUGAUAUCAUUCGAUCAUUUUGUGUUGAGGUGGGGUAUGGCCUUAGAAUUCCGGUACUAGUUCAAGCUAUGGUGGUUGUUCCGUCUCUAGCAGUUUACCAUACUAAUUUGCAAUUUGGCAACAUAGCCUGCGGAAAGUGUUUAAUGAAAACUAUUGCCUUAAGAAAUAGAGGUUACGUCACUAGCGUUUGGAACGCGAAAAUUAAACUUGGACGGCCGAAAAAAGGUAAUUGGAUAGAACAAUUUUGGAAAGUACCAAACUUCUAUUUGGGUAACACAAGCGGUUGCUUGGAUCCAGGAGACGGUUGUUUACUGCCCAUUUAUUUCGAACCCCAAUGGGCAGGCAAGGUUCAAGCUACUUUGGUCAUCACAAUUCAACAAAAUCCCGAAGAAAUAAAUAUUGUGUUGAAAGGUGUUGGAAUGGAGCCGAAAAUUGAGAUAAUAGAUCAAAAAACCAUUUUUGAACCGUGUCCGCCUUAUCAGCCUAAAUACGAAAAGUUCUUUACCAUAAAAAAUCCGUCCCCAUUUGCUUUAGAAUUUUUCUUUACUGAUUUCGAUACUUUAUGUGACGAGGAGGAAGCCGUUGGGAAUCUGAUUGUAGAAUAUUACAAUACCGACAGGAUAUUAAUUCCUUCAGCCGAAGCAGGCACCCGGCUUCCUACAGGAUUCUACGAACUUUAUUACAAAGUCUUGCAGAGUUUAAGAGAAGCUUUAUCAAUGAUGAGGAGAUCGGCAACUGCACAUUCGUCGCUUGAAACAAUAUCAGUUAAACCUGAAAUGGAAGCAAAGUCUUCUAGAAGAACUUUAUCGGCCCAUUUAAGUAUUUCCGAUAAGCGCUCGGUCGAUCCUUUAUCCGAAAAGACAUUCGACGAACUACAAACAAUGAUAAAAACUCACUUAAAACAGAAAAUUCGAGAAAACUCUAUUGAUGCAUUUAUAACAGAAGAUCCUCUUGAAAGAGCAUUUAAUGAAGCUUAUCCUCCGGAACCAGUAGAUCCUACUGAUAUGAAGGAAGGUGUUAUGUUAAUUUUCCAUGGUGCACCUUCUACAAGUAAUGCAGAAGCUGCUGGGGCAGUAGGGAAAAAGCUGAAUUUACCGGUGUAUAGUAUCGAUAAGUUACUUAUUGAAAGUAUUCUGUACAGCGACAGUUUGGCAGGCAUUUCUGUUAAUGAAUUGAUCAGUAAAGCGUUUGGUGAAGUGGCGUCAGAAAUCGAUUUGGUACGACGAGAAGACGAAGACGAAUAUGAUGAACUGGAAAGAAAAAUUGAAUUGUUGCUAAGUGGGAAACAAAAAAAGAAGCCUCCAAAAAAAGGAAGUAAAGCGGACAGUAAAGCGGGAAGUAAGAAGGGAAGUAAGAAGGAAAGUGAGAAGGGAAGUAAGAAGGGAAGUAAAUCUUCUGAAUCCAAAGCAAGUUCCAAGGGUAGUUCAAAAGCAAGCAAGAAAAAGGACAAACGAGAUACAUUCAUCGGUAUUCCCAUUGACUUUUUACAAUCUCUUUUGAAGCUACGGCUGGAAGCUUUUACCACUGGAGUGAUAAUUGAAAGUCUUCAAAGCAUCUUCAUUCGGAAGCCCGUACUCGCCCUCAACUCUAUUUUAAACGCUGUGGAAAACUACCGAUACAUACAGUUUGUGAUUCUUUCACAAACUUACGCUCAAAUGAAAGCGCUUGCAGAUCUGGAAGCGAAAAUUGAACUUGAAAUGAAAGAGAAGCAAAAACAGGAGAAAAUUUUAAAAUUAAAACAACUAACGCCGGAAGAAAUUGAAAUGCUGAGUCCUGAAGAUCUCCAGCUUUAUCGCACGGAAGUCUUGCCAUUAAGAAAGUUGAAAAGCUUAGAGAAAAAGCAAAAGUUGAGAGAAAAAUUGGAAACUAAAAAAGGUAAAGGAAAAGCAGAUAAGAAAAAGGUAGACAAAAAACAAUCCAAAUCAAAAUCUGGAUCCAAAAAGAGUUCCAAGAAAAGUUCGAAAGGUUCGAAAAGCAGCAAAGGAAGUAAAGGCAAAAAGAAAGGUUUAAGUCCAGAAGAAAAAGAAAUUAAAGACAGUUAUGAUGCAUUCGAGUCCGAUUUGUCUGAUAUUUUACAUAUUGCUGAAUAUUGGGAUCGACGAAACUGCCGCUUGAUAAAGCCAUUGCCAGACAAGAAAAAAAAGAAAGGCUCGCCUAAAGCUCCCAAGAAAAAAGGUGGCAAACAGAAGAAAGAUCAAGCGCCUGCAUCUGCGGUCAGCGUGAAUAUAAAGGAAAUCAAACUAGAAGAAUUAACUGAAGAAGAAAUUCAACUCCAUAGAGAAAUCGGCGUGCCCUUUUGGUUGUUCAAUGAUGUUCACCCAAAGAAAUUUCCUAAAGAAAACAUCGUAGAGUUUCUCAGUCACACUCCCCAGGUGAAGGAAGCUGUUCAGCAAUUAGAAGAAUCGUUACAACCGAAAUUGCCAGAAGAAACGAAAACGUUCUCUGUCUUACACAAGAAAUCUGAGAGUAGAUUUAGGCACACUCCGAAAGAUUUCUUGCUGGGAAACGAAUUUGAUAAGGAGGAAACUUUACAAAGUACAAGUGGCUCCAUGGAAAAAAGUGCAAGUUCCAAAAGAAGUUCAAAUUCUUCGCAGAAAGGGAAAAAGAAAUCUGCAAAAAAGAAAGAUGAGAGUGAUAGCAAAGUGUCCGAGUCAUCAUCGAGAUCAAGAUGCUUAUCAAAAAGCUUCAUUUCUGUAAUAGACAGAGUUUCCAGCAUAAGUGUUAGAAACGUUCUACAAGCCGACGGUGAAAUAAAGUUCAAAGUUACUUUUUAUCCAACUGUUGUUGGCGAAUACGGCGACCAAUUUCAAGUGGAAUUGACCACUUGGCCAAUAAAGUUCACUCUGGAGUGUUGUGGACUAUGUGGCAUUCCGGAAAUAGACAUGACUCCAACAGUAGUAUUUCCGACGGUUGUUAGGCUGCGUACCCAAAGAAAUAAAUUUUGGCCGUGCGUUUAUAAUGAAAAACGUAACGUUUUUGACUUUGGUUACAUCCUCAAUCCCAUGCCUAUUGACCCAGAACAACCCAGACUUUUCGAAAGAGAAACGGCAUUCACUUUUGCAAACAAUUGUCCACUGGUUUGCAAUUUGCUUUUCUCGCGAAAGUUCAACAGUGAAGUAUUCAUUUUUGAACCAGAAUGUAUGCCUAUCGAAAGCGGCACUAGUGGUAUUCUUAAAAUAUCAGCGUUGCCUUCAAAAAAGCAGCAACUCAACUAUGACGAGUUGAUGAUUUCGAUUAAGAACAAUCCGAAAAUUGAAACGAUACAACUCAGAUGUUUCGAGGCUAACAUGCAAUUAGCCAUUAGCCCGAAAGAACUUAAUUUUGCUCAUACUGUUGUGGGCACGACCGAUAUUUUGCCGAUUUUACUGGUUAAUAAUUCGGAAGUACCAGUUAAUUGGUUAAUCACCGAUUUCGGUUCGACACCAGAUAAUUACUGUUUUUUAACAACCGCUGGUGUGGUUCCUCCUAAUUCGGUAAAUGCCAUUGAAGUGGAAUAUUCUCCUUUGAAAAUUGAAGUUAUCCCCAAGCAAACGAUAGAAAUUCAGGUCUUCGAUGAAGAUUUUAAAUUAGAAGAACCCCUUUUUAAAGGCUGGGUUACUAUAUUGGCAGAAUCAAUAGAGGUUCCGCUUUUAUACAAUUUUACAAUAAAUUACGGUGAUAUUAAAUACCAAGUAGAAAUCCUUCAAUUAUUAGAAGUACUUAAUAAAGGAAAAUAUAAUGUAGAUUUUAGAAUUGAAACUAUAGAAGAACCGGAAGAAAAUCCCAAUAAAAGAUAUGCCAGAAUUCGAAAAAUGUUCACUAUUCUUCCUUUGUCUGGUUCUAUAGUUCCUAAUAAAAAAUCCAAUUUGAAAUUAGUACUUAAACCGUCCAAAAUAUCGAAAUUCGAAAAUGUUCCCAUUUACCGAGUUACAUUUUCCGAUCCAGUUUCAAAGAAAGUCGUUGAACAAAGCGAAGUUCUCGUUUCUGCAAAGAUUUUACCUUCAAGAUUUGAGUUUUGUCCUUCAAACGAAGUUGAUUUCGGGCAUCAACUCAUAUCUACUGAUAAAGUACAAACCGUAACGUUAACGAAUAUCGGAAAAUUUGAAUUUUCUUAUAAAUGUCUCAGUCUACGAAAAUAUUUAGACGAAUUGGCCAAAGAAAGAAAAGCGAAGGAAAAGGCAGAAAAGGGCAAAAAAGGAAAAUCAAAAACAGGCGCAAAGAGCAAAUCAACUGCAUCAAAGACCAAAUCGAAAGAAUCAAAGUCCAAAUCGAAGGACUCAAAGUCAAAAUCGAAAGGAAGUAAAUCCAGUAGUAAAGAUUCGGAUAAGAAAAAAAAGAUGAAAAUAACAAAAAUGGACUCUGGCCCAUUUUCGGUCAUUUCAGCUACCGGCUUCGUUGAACCAAACGAGUCGGUUACAAUAAAUUUAUUUUCGAAACCGAAAGAACUCGGUCUACAGCAACAUUCGUUUUUGUUCUUCAUAUCUGAAAGUCACCCAAAAUAUUCGGCAGGAAGACCUUUCAUCGUAAGAACUGACUCGUGUGCCCCAAAAAUUAAUUUUGACAAUAUCGCAAACAUAUUCACAGAAAUUUGUAUGGUGGAAAGUUUGGGUAAUCUUCCAUGUGGACUAACGUUAUUACAAAAUACAAUUUACUCCAAAAAGGAUAACGAAUUACAUUUUAAAUCGUCCUGUAUGAAUAAAAGCGUAACCAUUAGACUUGCCAUUGAAAAUCGGGGGACUGUACCCGGAUACGUUUCGUCAACGGUAACUGCAGACAUGGAAUCUGCAUUUGGAGUAGAUCCUGAACUGUUAACAGUUCGUCCUUAUUCUGUAGGGUACAUCAAUGUAACAUUUACCCCAUACGGUGUAGGAGAAUUUAGAUCGUCCCUUCAAAUUAACAACAAAAUUUCGGCACCUCUUCAAAAGAAUGUUAUAGAACUCGAACUUUGCGGUGAAGGAAUUGCCCCCGAAAUAAAGAUUGUAGACCCUCCUUUUGCUAAUGAAAACAGCAGAUACCUUUUGUAUUUUGAACCUUCGCUUGUUGGAGAGGUUGUUGAACAACGUUUCUCCUUUAAAAAUGUUGGAAUUAUCCCUUGUUUUGUUAUACUUGAGAUAACUGACGAUUAUUCGAAAGUGUUUUCACUUGUACCAGAGAAAAAUACUGUAAAGUAUUUGAACGUUUGGGGAGACGAUGUAAAAGAGUCUAGUAGACAUACGAAUUUGGUAAACCUAAACCCCGAUGAUAUUGCUACAUUUGUUGCGGUAUAUGAAGCUAAAGACGGCGGGCAUGUUGCAGCAUUUGUUAAACUCCAUCUCGUGGACAACCCUUACGAAGAAUAUGUGAUUUUAUUAUGCGCUGAUACAUACCAAGACGGGGUAGUUUUUGAAGGUUUAACUCCAUCUAAAGAAUGGAUAAAAACCACUAGUUUGAUGAGCAUAACUGGCAAACAAGUCUGGCCUAUGAGGAAUUACGAAAUAGAUUUCUCCAAUACCCCUAUCAACACGUUGCAAAAAAAGAAAUUUAAAAUAACGAAUCUUUCUGAAAACGACACAUAUAGGUUUGAGUUUCUUUGCAUGGAUUUGUUGCAAUUUACCCCAACUAUUGGUCAUUUGAAACCGAAUGCUAGCAAGGAUGUUAUAGUGACCUUUGUAACAAAGGAUUUUAUUGUAUCCGUAAAGGAAAAGAUACAGUGCAAUAUACAAAAAAUUGUGUACAAAUCUCCUCAAUAUGAGGUUCUAUCUUGGGAUGACAGACAAUCAUUUAGUUUGUGGAAGCAAGACGCUGAAGUCAGAUCUAGAAGUGGUUCCUCUGCUUCAAGGGAUCGUGGCUCUAAAAGUCCGCGUUCUUCAAUAGAAAAAAGAAUACCAAGCAGUAUAGCACAUCGAGGUAGUGUAAGAAUGGAACCUGAUAUAGAUUUUGUAGAAGAUUCUCAGUAUACUGCUAAUAUUUUUGCAAAAUUGAUCGCCUCUUACGCAGAGUAUAAAUGCAGUUCAGAAAAUACAAUUACAGUGCCAGCCACAUAUUUAUUUGAGGAAGGGAUUUAUAAGUUUCAAAUCAAAAAUACAUCUCCGGUUGACCUUCAACUUGAUUGGUUUUUCAUGGAAGUAACUGAUAACAUAGAUCUAGAGCAACAGAGACCUUGUUCAGCUAUUUUUACGUCGUGUAAAAAAAUUGCUCCCAGAAAACGUCCCCAAACGUGUUUUAUAUCAUCUUCAAGCACAUCCCUUCUACAAAGAAACCAUCAACGUUUUAAACUAACUAGACCAGUAAACUUCUUAUAUAAUGACACCCCUUCGGGUUCCUCCACUAGAUCUUUGUUCAGUGCAUCAUCAGCAUCCCUAUGUGACUCGAUUUGUAGCUGUGAAACGCAUUUGCCUUUUAUUAUAAAACCAUCGAGUGCAUGCAUUGACAAAAUUGGGAAAUCUCAAACGUUCGAAAUACAUUUUACGCCAAGAAAAGUAAAUAAUUACGAAGCGGACCUUGUAGCAGUAAUACCGAAUCUCACUCCCACACUGAAACCGCUCAAAAUUCGAGUGAAAGCCACCUGUAUGUUACCUUUGUGCCAUUUUGAAUUAGAGCCCAGUAAUUAUUUAAGUAGCAGACGAAUUAUAAAAUCGUGCGACGAUAUUUUAGACGAAAAUAUUAAAGUUUUUGAAAUUGAAGCAAUCGGAUUAGAUGAGCCUACCGUAAGAUCUUUUGGGAUUAUUAACCCAACGGGUGAAAGUUUCAUGUACAAGUGGAUUCCUCAUAGUAAGGACACUGGAGGAGUAUCAGUCUUCCACAUUCACAAUCCUGAGGGUUGCGUCCCUGAAGGAAGGACAACAAACGUUACUGUCACAUUUUUGCCGAAAGAAGUGAACGUUUUCGAAAAAUUCUACAAACUUCACAUUGAAAAAUAUAAUUUGAUCGCUACGUUCCUUUUAGUUGGCACAGCUAGGGAAGCUAACGUGAAUUUUACAAAUUCGCAUGUUACUUUAAAACCUGCCGUGGCAGGGCAUGAAACCUAUGAAAACGUUUUUUUAAAAAAUUGCGAAGAUUUUGAUAUUGGUUUUCAAUUUAAGAAAAACAGUUUCUGUUCGUUAGCCGGUCGCGAAUGCGUUGAAGUAGAACCAUUAAGAGGUAUUGUCAGUCCACAUUGCGAAAAAAACANCUGUGAAACGCAUUUGCCUUUUAUUAUAAAACCAUCGAGUGCAUGCAUUGACAAAAUUGGGAAAUCUCAAACGUUCGAAAUACAUUUUACGCCAAGAAAAUCGUGCGACGAUAUUUUAGACGAAAAUAUUAAAGUUUUUGAAAUUGAAGCAAUCGGAUUAGAUGAGCCUACCGUAAGAUCUUUUGGGAUUAUUAACCCAACGGGUGAAAGUUUCAUGUACAAGUGGAUUCCUCAUAGUAAGGACACUGGAGGAGUAUCAGUCUUCCACAUUCACAAUCCUGAGGGUUGCGUCCCUGAAGGAAGGACAACAAACGUUACUGUCACAUUUUUGCCGAAAGAAGUGAACGUUUUCGAAAAAUUCUACAAACUUCACAUUGAAAAAUAUAAUUUGAUCGCUACGUUCCUUUUAGUUGGCACAGCUAGGGAAGCUAACGUGAAUUUUACAAAUUCGCAUGUUACUUUAAAACCUGCCGUGGCAGGGCAUGAAACCUAUGAAAACGUUUUUUUAAAAAAUUGCGAAGAUUUUGAUAUUGGUUUUCAAUUUAAGAAAAACAGUUUCUGUUCGUUAGCCGGUCGCGAAUGCGUUGAAGUAGAACCAUUAAGAGGUAUUGUCAGUCCACAUUGCGAAAAAAACAUAAAAAUUUCAUACACUACCACAAAAAUCGGUGAGGUCAGAUUCAAAUUAAAAUGCAAAAUAGAGAGAAUAAAAAAACCGUUAUCUUUAUUCGUAACUGCAAGUUGCUUCGAAGUUGAACCCUUAGUAAACUACACAAUUGAAGGGAUGCAACCGAAAACUUUAGAGGCAAAUAACGUAAACACCAUACAAUUCAAUAAUUUGUAUCCUCAUCACAUGGAAAAGGUGACGUUUAAAGUAAUAAAUCGGGGACAAAUAGCGUUUUUCUAUAACUGGACUGUGAAAGAGGCUUUUGAUGACAGGGUAGAGUUGUGUAUUAACCCGAAAGAAGGGUUUGUACAAGUUGACUCAAACGAUGAAAGUUUAGUGACAUUGAUGCCUUUAACAAAAGUAACAGUAGAUAAGAUCGCUAUCGUUUUAAAGAUAUUGUAUGGUCCUUCCUAUGUAGUUCAUAUCUCUGGUUAUGUCCCUGUGUUCUCCUUUAAAUUUUCCUUCAAUGAAUAUAAAUUUGGACGCUGUUUAUUGCAAGUUGACAAAAGCAGUUAUUAUCACGCUGUUCUAGAAUUUUGGAAUAGUGGAGACACCGAGGUCAUACUAGAAUACAAAUCAGAGAGGGUAGAGUUUCUAACAGUUGACUUUAAGUCAGGGAAAAUACCCCCUAAGAAGAACAAAAAGAUAUUAAUCAGUUUUCAUCCCUUCGUAGAAGGAUUUUAUAAUAUGAAGCUUUUAUUUACUGUUAAUUCGCAAGGACAUAACAUUGGAAUUACUGGCGAAGGAGUGCCUUUGAAAUUAGAAUUGGUUAAUAUUGCAAACAGGUUUAUAAAUUUGGGUUGCCCCCAAGUAGGGAAAACAGUCAAAAAAGUGGUUAAAGUAAUAAAUAACAGCAAAACGGAAGUGUCCGUAAUGUUUGACCUACCCAAUCGACUACCUUUCUUUCACAAACCCCCUAAAAAGUUACCUGUUGAAUUCGAAAGAAUUAAGGAAGAAAAGAAGGGUGUCAGUCUCUCAAAAAAGAAAUCACAAAAAGAUGAUUCUAAGAAGGACCAGGGUGAAGAAAAGGGUGGCAAAGGGAAAGGUAAAGGUAAAGGUAAAGGUGGCAAAGCAAAAGAAAAGGGUAGCAAAACAAAAGACAAAGGCAGCAAAACAAAAGAUAAGAAAAGUAAAGAUUCUGGUAAAAAGAAAGGGAGCAAGGGAUCAAGUGCAGAUGGUAAAAAAGGCAAAAAGGAUAAAGGUUCAUCUGCAAGUAAGGCGAGCAAAGAUGAAGCGGCGAAAAAAACGAUUGUUCAACCACAGGUGGAUCCUGAAGUACAGCGACAAAAAUUUAUAGAACAAUCCAUUUCGGUUACACCGAAAAGAUUUUCGAAAUUACUACCGAAUCGUGAAAUGGAAUUCUCUGUGAUUUAUUCUCCAAAAUCGCGGUUGACUUCGUUCACAAAAGAUAUAUCCUAUCAAAUCCAAGACAAAGUGGAGAAUAUUUGCACUGUUAAAGGUUGCUCGUUAGACAGCAAUUUUGAACUUGAUAAAAGUGUUAUUAGUUUCGGAAGUGUAAUUGAAAAAUGUGCCAGGGAAGAAAUGGUUACUUUAAGUAAUUUAGGUGAUACUAGUGGAAGAUUUCACUGGAAGUUUGACAGAUCGACUCAGAAAACUUUCUCAAUAACACCCAUGUCAGGACAUAUUUCUCAGGGCACUACUGAAUCAUUUGUUGUCAAAUUUGAACCUCCUCGAGUGGAUUGCCUUUUCAAACGAAAGCUUACAUGUUAUAUCGACGGUUACAGAAGGCCUCUUGAACUUAUUCUAACUGGAAAUUGUAUAAAAAUGCCAGCACCAAAAGAAGCAUUACGAUUCAUAUGUCCUGUUAGAGAAACACAAUCGAAAUUUGUCAAAGUUGAUAACCCAAGCGAUGACGAGUGGAUGAUUAAACCUCAAGUUAAUGGAAAUUAUUUUCACGCCACCGAUUUUCUUACGAUCCAACCUCAUUCAUAUAAAGAAUGUGAAGUACUUUAUACACCCAUGGAAAUGACCAGUCAGGGUCGAACACAUAAUGGUUUUAUCUUUUUUCUAUUUCCCGAUUCGCACGGUCAAGUUUGGACCUUGUCGGGAAUUACCGAACCCCCUAAUCCAGUUGAAAAAAUAUUCAGAGUAAUCACUUGUAAAAAAUACCAUACCGAAGUAUUGGAAGUUGAAAACUGGCUUGGUAUACCCCAACAAUUUCGUGUUAUUACAACCGAGUUGCCCGAAACUGUAACAGAAGGAUCGAAAACAUCCAAAGGGUCGCAAAAGAGCACCAGUAAAUCGGCCAAAUCGAAACCGUCGAAGACAAUCGCCGAAUUAGCAUUAUAUAAACUUGACAUUAAUGAAAUUAUCAACGUUAUUGCUAAUGGCAGAAUCAGGUUCCCGUGGACAAUUUUCGUAAUUAAAGAAGGAUGUCUAAGUUUUGAGGUAAAAUUCGAAAAUGAAAAAACAAAAGAAUACGUGUACUACAUCAUAAAUUUAACGAUUGAUAAAUGCGAUGAACUGGAACAAAUACACCUGACAACUUGCGUCAGGCAACCGUUGACUCAUAAACUCAAAUUUGAAAAUGUUAUUAAGACACCAGUUGUAUUUAACUUUUCCAGUGAUAGUCCAAUUCUUUCGUUUCCUAAUACGACUACUGUGGAACCCUAUUCUGAGUACUUUUUGGAAAUCAUAUUCACUCCUCUACUACCAGAAACAACCGAAGUUCAUCUUCAAGCAACUACUCAAGAGCUGGGAACGUAUCCAUUCACAUUCGUUUUAACUGGACUCCCUCCAAUCCCCGAACCCCCUAUUUAUUUUAAUGCCAUCUUGGGACGUACCGAAGUUGGAAAAGGAAUUAUACAAAAUACUGCCAAAACCUCCACGGAAUAUACGCCCUAUUUUGAUGACCCAAAUUUAUUUAAACUUGAAGCAGUGCCGAUUGUGACAUAUCCUGAAAAAGAUGCUGAAUUUACUGUUGUUUUUGAUCCUAGCUCCCUAGGAGAGAUACAUUCAAAUUUAACUUUAACUUCGUCGAUUGCAGGAACAUUUCGAUAUCCUUUAACAGCAAAAGUCGAUUUACCAAAACCAAUUGGUCCUUUUUUCGUUAGACCAUCGCUGGUAACAUACAUCGACUUUCGUAACCCAUUCUUACAAGAUAGACUUUUUCGAUUUGUGUGCGAGUCGCCCAUUUUUUUGCUGAAGAAUGAUACAGAUGUAAUUAUGGCUAAAAGGGACUACAGAAUUUCAGUAUCCAUACAAAGUACAAAAAGUCACAGUACAAUAUCGGAAGAAAGAAAAUAUCCUCUAACUGGUAAGCUUGUUGUUUAUUGUGAAGAUACUGAUGUGGAACACAUAAAAUGGACCUACUAUUUGCAAGCAAAUCUGUAGACUUUACAUUUUAUUUUAUAUUUUUUCGCUUUUACAGUGCAUUUUUCAUAAUCAGUAUUUUAUCUUAAAAAUUGAAUUUAAAGACAAUUAAAAACAAAAAUAUUAAAAAGCUUAAAUUCAAUUAAUAAACAAAUCGUUUUGUAAGCAGUAAUUGUCUUUACAUAUUUUGUUUUAAAUUAAGUAAAUACAAAACUAAUGCUAAAAUAUUAAAACAUUAUUACAUAUUUCAUAUGUAGUGACUACUUAAACUACAAAUUAUACUAUUAAUUAUUUUUUGAAGAACAUGUCGACUACUUUGGUGGUGCUUGGUUUUUAUUAUUAUGAUAAUUAAAGCUUUCUUCAAAGUGCAGUUUGGGAUUAUUAGCUAUCUCUUGAACCCUUAAAAUAAACAGGUCGAUUAAAUGUUGUUUAAUAAAGACAAAGUAGAGCAAAUUAUUCAUGAUCUGAAGCAAUUUAUAGUUAGUACGUUUAUCUUGGCUACUGUCCCCAAAACUGACGCAAUCCUUAUAGGAUAGGAUAUAAUCCUUAAAAUCAUAAUUUAAAUACACCCACUAAUACAGCAUUCAUACGUU